AUGACAACGAACAGAGAGAAAGAGAGCAGUGCCGAAAGUGGACACAGUAAUACCCCAAAACAGCGAUCCGCGACAGUUUUCAAACAAUUAGAGCCAAAUUCAGCUGGCGCGAACACAACCAGGCUGAAGAGUCACAUCCGCACUCAUACCGGCGAAAAGCCGUUCACGUGUAAAGUUUGCGGUAAAACGUUCCAUGCAGCACACAACCUGUGCAAACAUAUGAAAAUUCACAACAAGGACCAACACCAGUGUCCUCAUUGCCCCGGCAAAUUCGAUCACAUUCAGACUCAUACCGACGAAAAGCCAUUCAUGUGUAAAGCCUGUAGCAAAACGUUCCAUUCAACAACCAACCUGCGCCGCCAUAUGAAAACUCACGACAGGGACCAAAAUAAAUCGGUCCUUACACAAUAG